ACAGAAACCUCAUAAUCGAUUUACAGUAGCAAUGGCGGACGACGAUACAAUAAUCCGACGUCGACUGCUGACGCGUACGAGCACCGUGGGCAAGACGGGGCUCAAGAAAUGCGCCGAGACGAUGCUCAGUUUGGUGGAGUUGCUGACGGACGAGUCGGUGGAUGAUGCCACGUGCAAACAGGAGCUGGACGGUUUGUUCUGGGAGAUGGAGCAACUGCAAUUCGAGGCCAACAAGACGGAGAUCUGGAAUUAUACGUGCGAUCGUGAGUUGGAGGAGUAUGAGACGCUCAAUUCGGAAAUCGACACUAGUAUCGCCAAAGUCACGAAGGAGAUCGAGGAGCUGAAGGUCAAAGUGCACGUAGAGAAGACAGUGCGCGCGUAUAAAGAGGAAUACGAGUCUAUCGCCCGAGUCAUCAACGAAUUGCCGUCCAGGAAGGAGAUUGAGACCGAGAUUGAAGGUCAGAAGAAGAGACUGGAGGAAGCCUCGACGGCUAUUGAGGCGGUGGAUGGGAAGUUGGAUCUACGUACCAAGCAGUUCGCGCUGCUGAUGAAUACGAUCCAGAACCUGAAAGCGACACUGGAGGAAGAUGCUGUGAUGGAGGAGGAGCAGCAGGACGAAGAUGAGGAGAUGGAGGAUGUCGAGAGUAAAGAGAAGGAGAACGGUAAGUUGGAAUGUUGUAGUGUGACGAGGGUGUUGAUACUGAUAUCGUAUUAUGCGUGGAUGAAUAGGGCGAUCGCCGUCGUCUCCAUGAGUAUUUGAAGCUGCAGAAGUGAUAGCUUUUUUUUCUUUACGGAAAGAAUAAAAUACGGUCUGUAAGUUUUUACUACUAUGUCACUUAAAUUUAUUACGAAGUACUACGCUCAUGCGAGUGUCUUAAACAGUA